AUGGACUACAAGUCUCAGAACUCCUCCAACGCGCAACAGGCGCUCCUCAAGUCCUCCCAGCGGACCUAUGGCUCGUCGUCGAAUGCAAACGGCGCCGUUGCCGCGGAGAGCCGACCAGAGACACUGGUCGAGCCACCUGCCCUCCCAGAGGGACCUAUGAAGGUCAAACAAGUCUUUGCAGCCAUCGCCGUCUUGCUUUCCGGGGGCGCAAAGCUCGUCCACGUCUGGCUUCACAUCUAUCGACAUGAGCCCGAUACAAACUGGUUCAAGCCGGUGGACGGCAUGCUUAUCAUCUUCUGGAUCGCCGCGUAUGCACUUCAACUCGAUUAUAUCUUCAUGUUGGGCCACAAGGCAACGGAGGAAGACCCAGAGGGUUAUGACAGUGUCCGCAGUAUCGCCAAUGUAAACUUGCCAAAGUUUUUGUUCGCCCAUGUUCUCCUCUGCCUGUGGCAGAUUAUUAAACUUCCGAUUUGCGCGUUCAUCUGCGUCACAUUUACCUUCUUCACGUUUGCCUCGAUGUACACUUCCGUCCACCGACUCUGGAAAGAGAAGCAUAACUAUGGACGCACAGCCAGCACGGGCCCCUCUUUCCUGCAGGGACCCAUGUCCGCCUUCCUCGUCUUCAUCACCAUUAUCCACAUGCCGUCGACUUUGAUCAUCCUCAUCACGCACUACAAGCCACACGCCAAUCUCGACGCUAUUGAGUGGCCGCUCGCGUGGUGGAUCCUCAUCGUCAAUGUUGCCGGCGCACACAUUGCGACUCGUCGUGCAGUAGAGACCGCCCGCGCCAACGAGGCAAAUUCCCAGCUCCGCGCUCAGAGGGCUUCCGCUGGUCUUUCGCGUACAUAUUCCCGUCGCGGUCCAAAGUCUGUUCCCGUUGAUUUGGCAGCUCUCAUCGCCUUGUUCUGGGGAACGCUCGCGGUCGCAGCGGGAACGGGUACAGUCAACUACGGUCCUGUCAGUGUCUUUGGAUACAUUUCUGCUCUCUGGCAAGCUCUCGCUCUCUUCGGCUCCAUGGCCGAUUAA